UUGGCAUACAAAAAAAAACAAAAAAAAAGUCAGGGUGGCGCACAUGAACGAAUAGAAAGUCGUGAAGAUUCUCAACAUAGGCGAUACCCCGAUUACACGUGGAUGGAAAUUGUUAUGCUUACAAAUGAUGUGAUGAUCUGGCGUUUCAUGGCGUUUCCUCUGCAACGCCGUAGACGAGCCGAGACCUCAGAGAGGAGAAUCGUGUAGACUUGAGGUACCC